AUGAAGAUGGACCACCACUGUCACUGGGUGAACAACUGUAUCCACGAGGGUAACCACAAGUACUUCAUACAGUGCAUUGCGCUGGGUGUAAUGAUAUCUCUUGUUACCAUUAUACACUACUCAAUAAACAUGAGCUGCUCGAGUUGUAAGAUAAUACCAGACCUUUCCGAUAAAGACUACACAGUCUGUCUGUUACUGUACAUGUCUACGGGACUGUCUACCUUAAUAGCUUUGUUGGUUACAUUUUUAACUCUGGAUCAUUGCACCAACAUGUUCCGAGGACAGACUAGUUAUGAACGAGUAUACGAGCGGGACCAUUACAACAGAGGUUGGAAGAAGAACUUCAUGGAGAUAAUGGGACAGGGUGCGUGUGAGUGGUUCUGUCCUGUUGCUCCGACUAAACUCUCUCCUGAGCAGGAGCCUCUCAUCAUCACUGUUGUUGAGCCCUCCUCCGCAGCCUGGUUAGAAACAACAAACAACAGAGCGUACACCCAGUACGAGAUAGAGGACGAGACUACGUCCUCCCGCCACAGUCGACAAAGUACCAGUAGUCAGGGGAGAAGCAAUGAGCGGUCACGUGACGUCAGUCUGGACGAGUUCGCGGACGACACUCUGAGUCUCCAGCAGGGACAGGUGGGGCAGAGUAACAGUGUAGUUACCAUGGUAACAGAGGGGCACAGGGACUCUUCAAUGGUCACCAGAGUGCGGACACCUAGUACCAUUGAGAGUACAAAGUGAGGGUGAAGUUAUUUAGAAAGUUAAUUAUUGGCUUGUGAUCGAAACUGCUCAUACGUGAAAGCUAGGUUAUUAUCAGACUUUAAAGUCAGUUUCUUUCCUCGAAGGUGAAACUGUUCACGUGAAACAACAAAACCACGUUUCAAAUGAUCUGGAAUAAUUUUUAUUUGUGUUUGCUGAAUAGUAUAGCACUGCUGAUAGUCUGUUUUGUAUACAACAAGCAUUCCCAAACUUUCUUCGAAAGUGCACUCCUAGCAGCCGUCCAACUGAUUUUGUUGACACAGAGAAGCUUGACGAUGUCUCUCUUCUCGUUUGAUAGGGCAAAUUUGAAAUUUUUCGAAGAAAAUUUCAAAAUAUUGCAAAAUUGUGAAAAAUUGAAAAUGGGUUUUGACACAUUUUUGCAAGAAAUAACUAACAUAUAAGACCUAACAAGCAUUCCCAAACCGAUUUCAUUUGAUUUGCUCCUUCAUAAAA